AUGCUUUUUAUCAUCUUUUCGGUAUCCCUUGCAAGUCUUACUAUUGCCUCACCGCUCAGCCUUUUAUCCACGUCCGUGGAUCUUGCUCCCAGAAAGAUCCAUGUUGAUGAAAUGCACGCUCGCGCGCUCGCCAACCAUCCCAAGGAUCUUGUUAUGGAUUCUGCGGACCUGCAUAAUUUCAUGAAGAAUAACAAUGGCUCGGAUGUCAUUGUGUAUCUCCAAGAUGAGCGCGUUUAUGUGCCUAUGACUGACGUGUCUUUACUCGACGCAUCAGAGGACAAGGUUGGUGCAAAAGACAGCAAGUCAAAGCGUCAGUUCGCCGCCCCCUGUUAUGGUUAUAACAAAUGGGAAGCUCGUGAUGCCAAGUCCUGGUGGGGACCAUGGGAAACAGCUUCUAGCUGCACAUAUACAGGUCUGAGUGAGGGCAGUGGUGUCCGUGGCAUCUCGUGGUCAAAGUCAGUUGCUGUCGAGGUCAACGCCGGACUUGAUUUCAACGUUAUCAAAGAUGUCCUAGGAAUUUCGGCGGGCGUUUCCGUCACCAACACAUGGACGGAUGGUGGCAGGAUAGAUUGUACGAUCCCUGCUGGUUCCGUUGGCCAGAUCUGGGCACAGAAAUACAUGGGAGAAGCAAAUAUGUGGAGUAUGACCUGUCAGUCCUGUGGCAUCUCUGGUCAAAGUUGCAUCGGCGACUGGGUUGAACGCGGUUUUGUUAAAGCUCCCUCGGAUGGUUCCGAUCCUGGGAAGAACAUGAAUACAGGCUGCAGUACUGGGUCUGAAAACGUGAAGUGUUAG